GCACCUUGCAUGGCAGCUAAUGCUGGGUAAACACACAGAUUGAAGCUGCAUAAACUUAUAAAUUCUAACUUAACCACAGAGCAUUGCUGGAGUUGUUUUUGUUUUUUUUUUGAUAAUGGAUACUAAAAAAGAUUGUUUACACUGAGUCUGUCUAAACACAUGUCCAGUGGCCAAACCUACAGUUAAAUAAACUCUGUCAUCUGGGAAAAAUUUAGUUUUUCAAAUGUACUUUCCCAGGACUUAAUACCCUAGAACUGUAACAUUUCAUUGCCUCAUCACUCCAUCCAGGAGAUAGCUGCUCACAUGUUAGCCGCCAGUUGUGACAUACCAGCUUGUAUUAAGAGCCCCUGUUGCCAUGACGCUCUCAACACCCUAAAAUAGAGAUAGAGAGGGACACUCAAGACAGCAACAACUAGCAGCUGCAUUAUACAUACAGGCACUGUACUACAUAAACAGCCGAGCAAAGCCUGACUCGGACAGUUGGAGUGAAAACCCAAGAGAGACGCAUCGUGGAUCCAAGAAAGAUACAGACACAAGACACAAGACCUGAGGACGGUCUUGAGAGUGUCAAGAGGUUUCCGUAACAAUUCAAAUUGUUCUGAGACACAACAACAAGUGGCAGACAUAUGAAAAUAGCGGAGCCAUAAGAUAAGAGCUAGGGAGUCUCGAAGAGACAGAAGCAGACACAUUAAAGCUGAAAAAGUCAACAGGAGCUCAAAAGACUCAACAGGCAGAAACAGAGUGAAACAUGGCCAAAACCACAACCGAAGAGAUGCCUCAGCUUUUCCAAAGAAUGUCAAUGAGUGAUGUGGAUGAGAAGGUAUGUCUGCUAGCAGAGAAGGUGUACGCCUCUGCCCUGAAAGAGGAAGACACAAAGGAUGCUAUGGCACUGUUCACCGUGCCGGAGGACUGUCCCAUCGGCCUGCAUGAGGACAGGGAGCGGGCACUGCAGAAGGAGCUGGCUGAGCAACAAUCUCAGGAGUCGACAAAGAAGAAGAAGAAUUUCAUGUUGAAGCGUUCGCAGUCGGUAUCUUUGCAGCUACCUGUCGCUGGCGACUGGGCCAUGUCUAUGGGGUCCUCAAUACUGUCCCCCGUCACGCCUGAACCUAGUCUCCCAGACUUUCCAGACUUCCAGAGACUGACCAUCAGUGGAGAUUACUGUGCAGGGAUCACGGUUGAGGAUUAUGAGCAGGCAGCUCAAAGUCUCCUUAAGGCACUGUUCAUCAGAGAGAAAUACUCCAGGCUGGCCUACCACCACUUCCCGAGAACCGCUGCCCAAUUCCUCCGUAAUGCCGAAAAUGCGAAAUGGAAGGAAGAGGAUGAGGUCUUGCCAGACAUCUUGCCUUACCCUCAUGAAGGAGAGGACCCAUACUCCAUGGAGGGAAUUCCUGAGGACUUGAACUAUGAGCUGCAGAUGAAGGAUGGCAUAAUUCACGUUUAUGACAAUGCUGAAGCAUUGAAACAACAGAUGCCUCACACCCUCCCUUAUCCUGAUCUGGAGACCUUUGCCAUAGACCUGAGUCAUGUCCUCGCAAUGAUAGUUGACGGACCAACGAAAACCUACUGUCACAGACGGUUAAACUUCUUGGCCUCUAAGUUCUACCUUCAUGAAAUGCUUAAUGAAAUGGCAGAGCUCAAAGAGCUGAAAUGUGUUCCACACAGAGACUUCUACAACGUCAGAAAGGUGGAUACACAUAUACACGCCGCUGCCUGCAUGAACCAGAAGCAUCUGCUGAAAUUUAUAAAGGCCACUUACCAGACAGAAGCAGAUCGUGUGGUCUUGGAGAGUGGCGGCCAGAAGAUCACACUCAAGGAAGUCUUCAACAAGCUUAACAUGGAUCCCUACAACCUCACCGUAGACUCUCUGGACGUGCACGCUGGAAGACAAACAUUUCAUCGGUUUGACAAGUUCAACUCCAAAUACAACCCUGUGGGAGCCAGCGAGCUGCGAGAGAUUUACUUGAAAACAGACAACUACAUCAAGGGAGAAUACUUUGCACGUCUCAUCAAGGAAGUGGCUAAAGAGUUGGAAGAGAGUAAGUACCAGCAUGCUGAGCCCCGUCUGUCCAUUUACGGCCGCUCUACCAACGAGUGGAAGAGCCUAGCAACAUGGUUCAUCCAGCAUAAGGUCCACUCCCCCAACAUGAGAUGGAUGGUCCAAAUUCCCAGGAUCUAUGACAUCUUCAGGUCAAAGGAGUUAAUUCCACACUACGCCAAGAUGCUAGAGAACAUUUUCCUCCCCCUCUUUGAGGCCACAGUCAAUCCACAAAAGCACAAAGCAAUACAUGUAUUCCUGAAAUAUGUAACAGGAUUUGACAGCGUGGAUGACGAGUCGAAACACAGUGACCACAUGUUCUCUUACAAAAGCCCAAAGCCUGAGGCAUGGACCACAGACAACAACCCUCCCUACACCUACUACCUGUUCUACAUGUAUGCCAACAUCAUGGUGCUCAACAACCUGCGCAAAGAGCGAGGACUGAACACCUUCCAGUUCCGGCCCCAUUGUGGAGAGGCUGGCUCCAUCACCCAUCUGGUUACCGCCUUUCUCACAGCUGACAACAUCUCUCACGGACUCAACCUCAAAAAGAGUCCUGUGUUGCAGUACCUGUACUACCUAGCCCAGGUCCCGAUCGCCAUGUCCCCACUAAGCAACAACAGCCUGUUCCUUGAAUACUCCAAGAACCCUCUCCGAGAGUUUCUGCAGAAAGGCCUGCGAGUGUCACUGUCCACCGACGACCCCAUGCAGUUCCACUACACCAAGGAGGCCUUGAUGGAGGAGUAUGCCAUUGCAGCCCAGCUGUGGAAGCUCAGUACCUGUGACUUGUGUGAGAUAGCCAGAAAUAGUGUGGUGCAGAGCGGACUCUCACAUCAGGAAAAGAAACACUUCAUUGGAUCCAACUACCUACAGGACGGACCGAAGGGGAACGACAUUCAGCGGACAAACGUGGCACAAAUCCGCAUGGCCUACCGCCAUGAGACACUGUGCAACGAGCUCAGUUUUCUUGUGGACGCAGUCAAGGCAGAUGUUGGCACUAACCAAACUGAGUGAUGAACCAAGACAGCACAAACUCUGUCUGAAUAUUUUUGUAACAUAUUUUUAUAAAACUUCUUCACCCUGAAUUUUAAAAAUAGGAAUGUUUAUUAUUUUAUGUUUAUCUUGGUGCAGAAAUCUGGCAUUGCAAACUUGACUUCUAGGCUGCAUGCAAUUCCGUAUCUGUGAAUUUUGCCACCAUCACUGUGUGCCACAUUUUAUUGGGAUAGAGUUAUUUUAUUUUACAUAUUGUGAAGUGUACGUAAAUAUGUGGAUCUGAAUACAUGAAGGGGCAUUGGCCACAACGCCCAAUUUAGAAUUGAAACAUUCAGAAGCAGAAUAUGAUGAUUUGAUGAUGUGAUGCCGAAUGAGUACAAAGUGUGUAUGUUACAAAGGACUUCAUGUGGACUGUAGAUUUGAAAAGGAGUGUAUUAAAAAAAUGUAUUUAGUUGAUGAGGUAGGAGCUUUAUGAUGAACUCAUGUUAUCACAACUGUGAAGAGACUAACUGAUUAGAAUUAUUUUCUUUUUCAUGUUUUCAUUUUUCAUAUGUUGUAGUUUUUCAUAUGUAAACAAAGGCUGCAGAAAGCAGCACAGCAGCACCCCGACUCUGUUUGACCUGAGUGGAACAGAACCUUAAUUAGUAUCAUUGGUAAAACUGUGUUUACAUACUAUUUCAUGACAAAAUGGCUACUGUGAAAAAGGACUAUACACUGCUGUUUAUCUACACACAGGAAACGUUACAGCGCCAGCCACAAUUUCCUUUUUGAAUUUAUGAUAAGAGUGCUCAUAUCAGUAGUUUCAUUACAAGCACUUACUUCCUACAUCUUUAAAAUAUAAUAAAACAUAAUAUAUGUAUUGUGUACUGGCUGAAAAUGUUGUACUAUUAAAGCAACAAAGCUAAAA